AGUGGAGGAAAGCCUUCCUUCUGUUGAGGAAAGAAAGCAGAGAGUUUGAGAGAAGGAGAGAAAUUGUAGGAAACCAUCCAAUACUCAACAGCCACCAACCACCAUCAACAACUACUUCUUGGAUCAACAAUUACUCUUGUGAGCUGGAAAAUAGUGAAGAGACUCCGUGUGCUCUGCACAUAGGCUUCAGUCAACACAUGCUACUCCAUUUGUUUAUGUUCUUUCAUUCUGUAUAAGUAGAGUAGGAAAUCUUCUGUAUCAAACCAAGCUUUCCAUCAAUAAACAUCUUAGCAAAUUCAUCAGAAAUGGCGGGAGGAGGAAGAUUUGUUUAUGGGGAUUUGCUGCCAUUCUCAGCGAUGGUGAGUAUGGAGUGUAUGAAUGUUGGGUUGAACACACUCUUCAAAGCUGCAACAACGGCGGGCAUGAGCUACUAUGUCUAUGUUGUCUAUGCAUACGCAAUUGCUGCUCUUGUCCUUCUCCCUGCCCCCUUCUUCUCCCACAGAUCAACAGCUCUUCCUCCACUGAGUUUCUCCGUACUCUGGAAAAUCGGUCUUCUCGGCGUCAUUGUGGGCUCAUCUUCGAUUGUGGGAUCCGCAGGCAUCAGCUACAGCUCUCCAACGUUGGCUUCAGCCAUUGCCAACCUCACUCCAGCUUUCACCUUCGUAUUGGCUGUCAUGUUCAGGAUGGAAAAAGUAGUAUUGAGGAGAAGAUCCCAUCAGGCCAAAGUGUUGGGCACAAUAGUGUCAAUUGCAGGUGCAUUUGUUGUCACUCUCUACAAGGGUGCUCCGAUGUUCGUUGCUGCUUCUUCAUCGUCCUCGUCGUUGGCUCAACUCUAUCAGUCCCUUGAGAGCUCACCAGCACAGUACUGGGUCCUUGGUGGGAUUUUUCUCACCUGUGAGUACAUUCUAUUUUCCCUGGGAUACAUUUUUCUGAAUCGAAUCCUGACAGACUACCCUGCUGAACUCACGGUAGUGUUCUUCCGCAACAUAGCCGUGACCAUCACAGCCACGAUUGUCGCUCUGUACACUGAAGGAACUUCUGCAAGUGCCUGGAUAUUGAGGCCUAAUGUAGCAUUGGCCUCGGUGUUGUGCACGGGGCUACUUGGGUCGUGCUUGAAGUCCGUUGUUCGUGCGUGGGUAGUGAGGAAGAAGGGGCCAGUAUUCGUAGUGAUGUUCAAGCCUUUCUCUGUCGUGAUUGCAGUUGCUAUGGGUGCCAUGUUCUUGGGUGACACGCUUUAUGUAGGAAGUGUGAUUGGGGCAGUGGUGCUCUCGAUUGGAUUCUACGCUGUGAUGUGGGGGAAAGCUCAUGAGGAUGAUUGCUGCAGCCAGCAGCAGGACACUCAGUCCACAGAAAAGGCUCCUCUGUUGCAGACUAGCAGAAGGAAUGCUCAAGUUUAAGCUGCUGACACCAUUUGGCAGACACAAAAAUGAAGGAUUCAUGAAUUGAUGAGCUUGGCCAAUGAUCCAUGUGGAAAUAUUAUUAGAACUCGAAUUAGCUCUAGUGAGAUGGGAAUGGUAGCAUCGUUCCCUCCCUCUUAAAAAAAAAAAAAAAUUGGUCCUAAAAUCUUGUUGUGGCCAUGUUAAUCCGGAUAGGCCUCCCGCACCCAAAAAAAAUCAACAUGCUAAUUGCUAAAAAGAAUCACAGUACUCCGAUUUUCAACAGCAUCUUUCAUGACUGUCGUGGUUAGUAACUGUAGGAGUCUUAGUAACUACUUGUUUGUACUAUUAGAUAGUGCAUCUCAUGAUCCACGGCAGUAGAAUGAAUCGCGAUUACGAAAUUCACAAUUCAUGUUGGAUGUACUUGUAUGGUGUGGAGUUGUUUAGUCACCACCACUCUGUAAUUUAUGUUUGUAAAUCCCACGUGGGAUAUAUAUGGUUUUGUACUUGGCACACUCAC